ACGUAUUGACAGAUUGCUCUGAUCCAAACAUGGAUGACAGUUGUUGGGAGAGCUCAGAAUCAGAUUAUGAAUUCCUGGCAGAAAUUGGCCAGGGCUCCUACGGGAAAGUGUACAAAGCCAGAGAGAGGCGCGACAAGCAGCGUCUCAUAGCGGUGAAGAGACUGAACCUCCCCGAGGACCCAGAGUGUGGCAUCCCUCAGUUCGUCAUACGAGAAGUGGCUCUUCUGCGAAAAAUAGAGCACUUCAACCACCCCAACAUAGUCAAGUUGCUGAAUGUUUCAGCUGGGUGGCAGAACCAGAAGUUUGACCUGAUGUUGGUGUUUGAAUAUAUCGAUCAAGAUCUUACCACAUUUCUCAGCAAAGCAUCAGCGAAAGGCCUGGCCAGAGACAAAAUCAAGGAUAUGAUGCGUCAGCUGCUCAGCGGACUUGACUUCCUCCAUACCAACACUGUCAUUCACCGGGACCUGAAGCCAGACAAUGUGCUUGUGAGCAGUCGGGGGGUGGUCAAGAUCGCAGACUUUGGUUUAGCCAGGAUAUACACAUGCCAUAUCGCCCUCACCCCAUGUGUUGCUACUCUGUGGUACAGGGCUCCAGAGGUCCUGUUGCAGUCCAGUUACAUGUCUUCAGUGGAUAUGUGGAGUGCCGGCUGCAUCUUUGCAGAGCUCUUUCUGUUAAGGCCAUUGUUUUGUGGAUUCACAGAAAUCCAGCAGCUGCAAAAGAUCUUUGAGGUAAUUGGUUUGCCGGGUGAGGAGGACUGGCCCAUAGAAAGCCCUGUCUGCUACACUCCUGCCUGGGUUGAGACAAAGCCAACAACACAACUGCUGCCCAGCCUAGCCCAUGAGGAGAAUGACCUGUUGUCUCAAUUUUUGGCUUUCAAUCCAGCUCAUCGCAUUUCUGCCUGCAGAGCUUUGGAUCAUCCUUUCCUGGCUAACCGCAACAGUGAAGAUGAGUGACAGAUGGGCGGAGUCACAUCAUUUGCCUGGCUCCUCCCAUCCAGUCUGAGCUGCACCAAGAAUUAUUCUGCCACAAGAGCGAUUAGAUUGAUUUUUUAAUAAUGGAGUAAAGUGCAACACCUUAACCAUUGGAUCACUUUUUUUAUUUUAUUUUAUUUU